UUCUGUCUUUCCCUUCUUCCCAACUUCCAGAAUGCCAUUUGAUAUCUUUGUUAGAUGGCGCCCUGUUCCAGGUUCAGCGGAGGCAGAGAUUACCCGCACACACUCCCCCUUGCCAGGGGAAGAGGCACAUGCCACUGGCAUCUCGAUUUCCCUCACGCCCCCAGAACACCUAUCAAAGACCGUCCGCCCCUGGAAAAGCGGUGCCACACUCAGACACGUCUUCGAGGCCACAGAGGCUGUCAGCAACAGAACCGUCUUCGAUGCCGUCGUGGCUCCCGUCCUCCCGCGCGUCUGGGCCGGCGAAACGACCAACUUCCUUGCAUACGGACACUCGGGCAGCGGAAAGUCACACACGAUGAUCGGGUAUGACUUUCAAAACGAGGAGCAGUUCGGGCUAUGUCUUGGGGCGGGGAGGGAGGUGUUUCAGUACUUGUCAUCUUUGUCCAAAGACGGGGACCAGCUCGGUGUCGGAAUAAGCAUGUACGAGCUUCGCGGGAACACAGCAUUCGACCUUCUUAAUCGUACCGGCCAGUCACAAGACAAGGUGCCCUGCCAUAUACGCGAAGGCGCUGACGGGAAAACGCACAUUCGCGGGGAAACAGACACGUUCGCCGACGGACGCGUGCGUGUCCGUCCCAUCACGCAGAGCCCGUGCUGGACAUUCGACGAGCUGCGAACGACGGUACUCUCCGGACUAGAACUGCGUACAACAGGGACUUCAACGAUUCAUGACCAGAGUUCGCGAACGCACGCGGUGCUGGAGCUGGAGAUAAUCACCAGGGCUCUACUCAACGCCCGGGAAGCGGUGAUUGAACGGCAGAGCGAGCUUGUCCCUGUGGCGAAGAGGGCGACAGACGUCUACCUCGAGGAGAAUAUGAAAGCAUUCAUACAGGAUGCAAAUGGCAAGUACGUUCCCAACCCGGAAUACAGCAUUGACCAAGAACGGAUCGACAAGGCCGAAGCAAGAAAGGCCGAGUUUGAGAUUGCGGUGAGGCGUGCAGAAGAUGGCGUCGAUGCUGUCUUCUCAUCCUGUAGGUACGACUGUCUUGGGGGGAAGCUGGUCUUCGUCGAUCUUGCUGGAUCGGAGUACUACCACGAUAAAUCGAUGUCGACACCAGCCAGCCCUGUUGUGCGGGCCAAACAAACACCCCAAGAACAGCGCGAGGGGAGACAGAUUAACACAGACCUCCUCGCGCUCAAGGAAGUGAUCAGAGCGAGGGCCCUGGGCCAGGCGCGCAUCCCCUACCGUUCUUCCCCGUUGACAAUGGUUCUCAGAGGACACUUUGAGUCUAGCUCGAGCUCCGGCUCGAAUACCAACGAAGGCAGCAGCAGUCGAAACAAUGGCAACAGUGAAGGGUACACGGCGAUGAUUCUAACCGUUUCCCCCGCGGCGACGCAGUUCGCUGCGACGAUGAAUACGCUCAAGUAUGGGAACUUGGUUGGAGUUGGGGUCCAGGCGGCCGCGGAGAGUACAGGGAAGAGAUAG